UGUCGCCGCCUGCCGCGCCCGCGCCCUCUGCGCCCUCCGGUCCUCACGACCAGCCGGUCAAGGCCGCGCCAGGGAAGAUGUACCAGAGCCUGGCGCUGGCCCCGAGCCCCAGCCAGACCGCCUACGCGGAUUCGGGGGCCUUUCUGCACACCCCGGGCGCCGGCUCCCCGGUGUUCGUGCCGCCGGCGCGCGUCCCCUCCAUGCUGCCCUACCUGCCGGCGUGUGAGCCGGGCCCGCAGGCUCCCGCGAUCGCCGGGCAUCCCGGCUGGGCGCAGGCAGCCGCGGCGGACUCGUCGGCGUUCGGCUCCGGCAGCCCGCACCCGCCGGCCGCUCCGCCGCCCGGGGCCACCGCCUUCCCCUUUGCGCACAGCACCCCGGGACCUGGCGGCGGCGGCGCAGGGGCCCGGGACGGCGGCGCCUUUCAGGGCGCGAUGCUGGCUCGCGAGCAGUACCCGGCUCCUCUCGGGCGGCCCGUGGGCUCCUCGUACCCCACCGCGUACCCGGCCUACGUCAGCACCGAGGUGGCCCCGUCUUGGACCUCUGGACCCUUGGACGGCAGCGUCCUGCACAGCCUACAGGCCUGCCCGACUGGCCUCCCGGGCCACAGAGUCACCUUCGCGGCCGACCUCCUGGAGGAGUUCCCCGGCGAGGGGCGCGAGUGCGUCAACUGCGGGGCCCUGUCCACACCGCUGUGGCGCCGGGACGGCACCGGCCACUACCUGUGCAACGCCUGCGGUCUCUACCACAAGAUGAACGGCGUCAACCGGCCCCUCACGCGGCCGCAGAAGCGCCUGUCCUCCUCACGCCGGGCCGGUCUCUGCUGCACCAACUGCCACACCACCAACACCACGCUCUGGCGGCGCAACAUGGACGGCGAGCCGGUGUGCAACGCCUGCGGGCUCUACAUGAAGCUGCACGGGGUACCGCGGCCCCUGGCGAUGAAGAAGGAAAGCAUCCAGACACGGAAACGGAAGCCGAAGAACAUCUCCAAGGCCAAAGGCUCCUCAGGAUCCGCAGGGAACACUACAGCCUCCCCACCAGCCUCUGUCCCUGACCUGGAGAUCUCAGCAGCCACUUUGAAACCUGAGCCCAGUCUGGAAUCCCCUUCGUGCCCAGGGCCCAGCGUCACCUCCCAGGCCUCCACGCAGGUGGACGACACCCUGGCCCCCAGCCACUUGGAGUUCAAAUUCGAGCCCGAGGACUUUGCCUUGCCUUCUGCAGCCCUGGGCCCCCAGGCCGGCCUCGGCGGGACCCUGCGCCAGGAGGCCUGGUGUGCGCUGGCCUUGGCCUAGGUCCCCGGGCCCCCACCAGGACCCAUCUCGCUACUUCUUUGCUCCAGCUCAGCAGAGAGACUGCCAGGCCAGACGCCGGAAGAGACUGGAGCCAGCCGGACCUGGAGGCCUUCUGUGCAGAUGGCAGUCGGGCCCCAGAGCAGGAGGAAGGCUGGUGGGAGAAGGGCUUGAGCCCCUCCCCGGACAGCAAGGGACCCCCAAAUGUAGGGCAAGGCUCUGAACCAUAGCAGCCACUCUGGCCACGGCUGACUGGGGCUCCCACCCCCACUUGACUUCUGUCCUCAAGGCUCACCAUCAUCAUGUUUACAGGUUGCAGCCGUUGGAAAAACCCCACCUUCCUGUUGUAAAACCAGGAUCACAGGUGAAAUCACUGAGGCCGGGCAGGUAACAGGGAUGAGGAGGGCAGCCACAUGGGGGACCUCCUCAGGCCUUGGGCUGUCCAUUUCCCACGUUGGACCAUAGAGCCACGGCACAGAGACCUUGCCCUCCUCGGAGCACGGGAUGGCCAGAGACAGAUGUGCAGGUCGUGCACUGUACCGGGACGCCACCCCAGGGGGAGGCCGUUCACAUUGUAGUCAUCGUGGACUUGUAUUUAUUUGGACGGUUUUCCCGGACCGGGCAGUAAAGGGCCUUGUUCUGACUGAAUCUGUGGAUUGUAACCAUUUCUGAUGGGCAGAGUACCCGGGGCCCAGUUCUGACCCACACGGGCACUCUCGGGGCUGGUGGUUGGGUGACCACAGGUCCUGGCUCACCUGGGACUGCCCCAGCAGAAUUAUCAAUAACACCCCCUUUCGCGUACAAAGCCGUCCCCUCCCAGGGCUGGGUGAUAAAUUAGUUGGCGCACUGGCUAGGGGCAGCUGCGCCCACGGGGCUGAUGAAUGGCUACUAACAGCCUGAGGGCAGAGGCAGGGGGGAGGGGAGGGGGCUGCCCUCCAGAAGGG